GUCUGUGACUACACCUUUGCUAAACGGCAGACAGUGCUUAUCCAAAGUGCACUGUAGCAUUGUUUGGCUCUGAAAUUUCUCGCCUUUAUUGUCAGUUGAGGCAAACCCCUGAUGAAUACAGUGAGAGCUGCAAAAGUAGGAACAAGAAAGUUGAGGCAUGUUGACGCAUUUGUGAUCGCGUACCAUGACAGAUGUGCUGCUGGUGUGUGAAGGGGAGAGCUAAAGCACACAGGGCAGAGAGAUGAAGAAGCUGAGGGAGAGUCAGUGCACUCAGAAGACCAUCUCAUUGCUGAGCCCCCUGGGGAAGAUCCAAGUCAGCGGAUGUGAGAAUGGUGUGCACACCAUCCGGAUCCUAAUGGAUGUCGCACCUGCUGAAAGGAGCGGCGCGGGCCCCCUGAGCUGCUGUGUGGUCAACGAUAGCCCCAGCGAAACGAGCCCCCAGUUGCAGCGCUGCGUCCAAUGGCUGCAGGCAUACUUCAGCUCGCCGCGCACCAUCGGGACCCUGCCGCUGCCCGCCCUGCACCACCCGGUCCUGCAAGGAGAUGCCUUCACGAGCUGCGUGCUGCACACUCUGCUGAGGGACGUGAAGCUGGGCGAGACGGUGUCGUACAAGCGGCUGGCAGAGAUGGCGGGAAACCCCAAAGCGGUGCGCGCGGUGGGAGGGGCCAUGAGGAGGAACCCGGUUCCCCUCCUCAUCCCAUGCCACCGCGUCAUCUCCAGCAGCGGACAGAGCGGCCCGUACAUGGGGGGCAAAGGCGACCACCUCAAACAAUGGCUACUUACCCACGAGAGCCAGUGAGCUUCAAGAGACAGCUACCCAACCCAACUGUCCUUCACCCAGUACUACACACUCAUACACACAAGCACAGAACACAAGGCCAGAGAACAAAACACCACCAUAAACUUUAGUCGAUUUGGCACCCGCUGUGGAACAACUGCAGCUACUUGUAAAUAUUCGCUUUAUAUUCUUUUUAAUUUUUUUACAAUACAAUCUAAGAAUAGAGAUGCUGCAUAGUUAAUGCGAUAGUGCGAGUUGUUGCAGAAUUAGAACAUACAAAAAUAACUUAAACAGAGAACAGUAGGCAUUACAAACAUAUGCUCCCGUGGGGUCCUGGUUGCGGUUGCCAGAUAGUGUUGGAAUGGUUUUUCUAAAGCAUUAUUAUUCUCUUAAAAAUACAUCUCUUGCGUUGUUGUUGUUGUGUGCGUAUAUUUUUUUCCUCCUCCUAAGCAGAAUUAGUCUUUGUACCUCACGUUGUUUUUUUAAUUUCCUGCCAAGUGAAUGCUUUGUUCAACAUCCAAUGAUAAAAGCUCUGAAUUUUUACUCAUACACAAAGCUUUGUAGUGAAGCAAUUGUUUUUGUCUUCAUUUAGAUCUCAUUGUUUUCUCUCCCUUCCACCUAGUCUGCAAGUUUACAUUGUAUAUGCUGUUCUUGUCCUAUCAGAUGUGUUGAAAUAAAACAUCCUUACUUG